GUACAGAACAUGUCACAGUCAAUUGAGGUGCUGAAUCUUCGGACUCAAAGAGACUUUCAGUACAUCAUGAGGAUGGAGAGCCAGAUCAAAGGGUUGCGGUCAAAGUUCCGGCAGAUCGAGUCAGACAGGAAGACCGUCGCCAACAAAAACUUUCAGGAGCUGAAGGGGAAGAUGGAAUCCCUGCAGCCACUUAUCCCCGUCCUGGAGCAGUACAAGACAGAUGCCAAGCUAAUCUCCCUGUUCAAAGAAGAGAUCAGAAACCUGUCCAGUGUGUUAAUGGGAAUCCAGGAAGAAAUGGGUGCCUAUGACUAUGAGGAGCUGCAGCAGAGAGUCCUGAACUUGGAAAACAGGCUCCACAGCUGUAUGAACAAACUCACAUGUGGCAAGCUGAUGAAGAUCACUGGGCCACAGACAGUAAAGACGUCAGGGACCAGAUUUGGUGCUUGGAUGACUGAUCCAGUAGCUUCUCCAAAAAACAACAGAGUUUGGUACAUGGACAGCUACACCAACAAUAAGAUAGUGAAAGAAUACAAAUCCAUCCAUGACUUUGUGGCAGGAGUUGAAUCCAGAACCUACAACUUGCCUUUCAAAUGGGCUGGAACCAACCACGUGGUCUACAACGGAUCUCUGUACUACAACAAGAUGCAAAGCAACAUCAUUGUCAGGUACAGCUUUGAGACUGGCCGUGUUAUAACACAGAGGGCACUGGAGUCAGCAGGCUUCCACAAUGUGUACCCAUACACAUGGGGAGGCUUUUCAGACAUUGACCUGAUGGCUGAUGAGUUGGGUCUGUGGGCUGUGUAUGCAACCAACCAGAAUGCUGGGAACAUUGUCAUUAGCCGGCUAAACCCAGACACCCUCCAGAUCCUUGACACAUGGAACACAGAAUACUCCAAGAGGAAUGCGGGUGAGUCUUUCAUGAUCUGUGGGACUCUCUACAUUACCAACUCUCACCUGACUGGUGCAAAAGUGUACUAUGCCUACUCAACUAAAACAUCCACAUAUGAGUAUACAGACAUUCCCUUCCAUAACCAGUACUUCCAUAUGUCCAUGCUGGACUACAAUGCAAGGGAUCGUGCUCUUUAUGGCUGGAAUAAUGGCCACCAGGUUCUGUUUAAUGUCACACUAUUUCACAUUAUUAAAACAGAGGAUGACUCUUAAAGACACUGUUCUCCCAUCUAUGAAUGAAAGAAAGCAUUAAAAACGGGAAGGUUGUGCCUAAACAUAAACAGAUUGUUUAUUUUUGUUUGUUUUUUUUAUUGUCCCGAUUGCUUUACUCUUUAUGCCUUUAUUUAUCUAACCUGUUUAAAUAUGAAACUUUUUUAUUGCUGUGUACUAUUUUUUUUUUCUGAUAUAGGACAGUCCAUAAAAAAUCAUUAACGCUUUUUGACACCCAAAAAAUUAUUCAAGCAGUAUAUUUCUCUCUGCAAGUGAUGUUUGUU